AUGGUAGAUGAGAUUGUGCCGGAGUCUGUCACUCAGCAUAUCUCGUCAGUAACGGCAGCCGAUGAUCAUUCUAGUCUCGAUGACCUGUUGUUGAGCGAACCGUUAUCGUUGGAGAGGAGAUUGCAUCCGACUAGCUCUGUGGUUGCCUCUGAGUCCACCUCUGAUGGCGCAACCCUCGCCUACACUAUCAACGUAUCGCCAACGAUGCAGCAUAUCCCAAUAAUUCUGGAUUCGACCCUGAGAUCAGAUACCGACGAUUUUCAGCUACUGUUUCAGCACUUCGUCUUGCAGUCGAUGCCAUCUAUGGCGCCUGAUGACAUUGACUUGGACCUCUUCCUCAAGUACACGAUGCCUUUGGUCCUCGGCGACGAUCUGGUUAUGCGCGCAGCCCUCGCGCUUAGCAGCGCAAAAUUCCUGCUUAGGGCGUGCAUCUACAUACAAGCUGAGACAUGGGGGUGCGAGGGUCCCACUGGUUUGCCCUCGGACGUAGAGAAGCAGGUUGCGAAUAUGUUCCAACUCGCGGCCAAGCUUGAGGAUCUGGACAACGAGGGAGGAAUAAGAAGUCAGAUCGGCUUGAUUCAAACAGCCUUCGUCACAGGCCUGUUAGUUGUGCCGAAGCUCGCACGCCUUUCAGCAUCAAGGGGGUGCAUUGAAGACGACGUUGAACGCGCUAUACAAUUGGCAGCACUCGAGUCGCAGAUCAUGUCGUGGCAACCUCCUCCUGGUUCUGAAGCAAGUGAUAACGUCCGGAGAGUCUGGGGUCUAUGGCGGACAGGUCUUCUGGUACAUCUUUACACAUCCCCGGUGGCACAAGAAGUUUACCAGACGUGGUGGAGAGAGAAGAGCAACGCUGCUCUCAUGGCCGCUGGUAAUGGCAGGGUCAUUUUCUCAGAUCGUUUCGCAUCAACGGUUGAUUCGAGACACGUUAUCAUCUAUCUCUGA